AUGAAUUAUCGGCAUAGAAGAAAUAACGUAAAUGCUCGUCUCAAACUUUAUGCGAAAAGAAAGAAAAAUAGCGGAAAGAACUUGGCAAUUUGGAGAGAAAAAAAAAAACAGAACUGCCAAAGCAACAAUCCUGAGGGUGACAUAGGAAUUUCAUCAGAAAAAAAGAAUGAAGACCUAAUGAAUGGUAGGCGAAUAGUUGACAUUCGAUUUUUCAUCAAAUCUCUUCAAGAACUAAAUGCACAUAGCUCUCUUGGUUGCACGUUUUCAGACAUGGAUAUUGUCUCAGAAAAAAGAUGCGGUCUGAGAAGUGGCAUUAAAUUUAAAUGUAAAAUGUGUAAUUUCACAAAAUUGGUAUGGACAGAGAAAUCUCCACACGAUAAAAUGAGUAUUAAUGCAGCUGCCGUAACGGGAGUAAUAGCAAUAGGUGCAGGGCAUUCAAAUUUGGAAGAAUUUCUUUCUGUAAUUGAAAUUCCAACGAUAUCCAUCAAUACGUUUCUCAAAGAGUAUGACAUUAUAUCAAAAGCUUGGGAAUCAACUGCUUUGAAAGAAAUGGAACUCGCUGGAAUUGAAGAAAAAGAAAUAGCAAUCCGUGAUGGAAAAGUAGACGCUGAUGAAGUUCCAUGUAUAACAGUGAUAGCAGAUGGCAGCUGGGCAAAACGGUCAUACAGAUCAAACUAUUCAUCUUUAUCAGGAGUGGUAAGUUAAUUUUUUUUCCUGUAUAUAUUUUAUGCAUUCUUCAUUUUAGAAAUUUCUUUUUCAUAAAUAAUUCUAAAAAUUAGU